AACCUCGAAGUCCUGGUUUUAGGAUUCUCGAAUCCGUGCGAUAGAAAGGGGUAAAAGGAUUCGCCAAAAAUUAUUGGAUUUCUGCUUCAAUUUUGAUCAGGGAAGCUCUAGAAUUCGAGUUCUUGAGGUAGAAACCGGAUUCCUAGCCUUCGGAUUGAGGGAUGUCCGAGGAGGUUUUAUGGUGGAAUCAUCGAGGCUUGGAGCAGAAAUGGAGCGGAAUAGAGAGGGCCGGAGGAGAACGCCCUAUUCCUUCCGACGUCGAUCCCGGGGUGCUGAGCCGAGGGAGUCGUCAGGUAUCUUGGAUGUGGAACAUAUAAGGAACAAUUCGAUUAAAGAGAAGUUUGGCAGCAGGGAGCUGCGAUCGAGCAGUAGGACAAGGCGAAGGCCGUGCUUCAAUGAACGAAGAGCAAACCAUGGGAAGGAAGUUGCAGAUAGAAGCUCUGAUGAGAGCUUGGAGGAAGGCGAUGAGUGUAACCAGGGAAGGGCAAGCAGAGUGAAGCCAGAGUACAAGUGGGUUUUACUUUUUAGGUCUCCAAAGAGAUGAUUGGGGUUUCUGUUCCUCGCAGGGCUCGCUCUGCUUGUGCUAAAAGACCUCAGGAAUCUUUUGCUGUGCUUCGGCAUUCAUCUUGUUCCUCUCCUGUUCAUAACGGUGCCACAUCCAGUUCCUCACCUUCAUCAAAUGCAUCAAUGAAAGCAAGAGGGGGAAUGAAACUUUCACCAACCACCCACAGGCCCUCAAAGAUGUCACAAGUUUCAAUUUCAGAAAGUGAAGUUGAAGUUGCACAGGUUCUCUGUGGAUUGAAAAAGCCCCGUUCACAACAUUCUCCUGCCAAAUCAGAAAAUUUUCAGAGUGCUCAACUUGAUUUCUGUAGCAACCUUUCAGAUGAGCGAUAUGUUUCAAUUGUGUCAAUAAGUUCAUCUCUGGCAUCAACUCCCAUAUCUCUGACUUUAUCUUCUCAACCUACCUUUCUAUCAAAUCAUUCAACUAUUACCCCUGAAACUGGAACAGUUCCAAAGAAGAAGAUGCCCAGGAACCUACAAUCAGAUGAUGCUGAAAAACCUUCUGUUAUGAUUGCCUGCAAUUCAAAGCCCAAUGAAGAUAGCAUUGAAGAGAAUGACGCCAAUUCGCUCCAUACUUUUUCCAUCAUUGAAAAUCAAGAAGAUAAGAACCUUCACAUCACAGAAACGAGGACUUCUUUGCCAAAACUUGAGAAAGAGGUUUUGCCAAAUGGCGAUGUUUAUUCCAGAAUAGCAGGUCCAUGGGUUCCUCAAAAUCCCAUUCUUUUACCUCUCCAAGUAGAUGAGAAACCCAAUUCCACCAAUCCUGUAUCUGUGUCACCAAAACAGAAGCCUGAUUCUGAUUUCUUGAAGAAAGAUGAUGGAUGUUCAGGUACUAAUUUCCAAGCAGCUCUGGAACAAACUAAUCAAAUGAUUGAGAAGGAAGAAAAUCCAUCAAAGCAAAAUUUACCGUCUUUUCCAUCCCUGGAUGAUAAGCUUGAUGUCCAUAAUAGCAUUUCUCCAGUUUCUGCUUCUGUGGAGGGUGUGAAGGGCAUUAAAUUUGAAAUUGAUAUGAUGGGCCAUGUCACUCAUGAAAGCCAUGAUAAGAGCAAAGUAAUAGUCAAUCUUGCUGAGAAGAUGGCAAUGCAGGGCCCAAAAGCAAAGAAGGAUUCUGACAUCAUUGAACAGGAAAAGAAAUCCCAGAUUAAAAAGGAAGCUGCUGAGGCAGCAAUCUUGGUGAAACAACCCCUUAUCAGUGGAAAAAUUAGAUCAUGUCAUGAUGUUCAUAAUCAAAACAAAGUCAAUAUGAUCCAAAACCCUCAGAAAACACCUGAAGGUACCACAAGUCCAGCAGAUAGGAUGGGAAAAUCCACUGGGAUCAGGACCUCCACUUCUACUCCAAUUCCGAUGACAAUUCCUAUAUGGCCUGGCGGUCAUCCACCAUUCGGGUUUCUGGAUUGCAGUUUGCCUAUUCCUAGGGCACAUCAAGAACCAGAGGAAGGGAAGUCUGCCAUUCCAUAUAUGCCUUUUGUUAUAAUACCACCAAGACGACCGGGUCAUUGUACCACACAUUGCUUCAUUGCCCAAUUCAUAUAUUUCCAGCAACAGCUAGCCAAGAUCAAUCCCCUGUGGCAUGCUACUGGUUCUUCUCUCUGUAAUGCUAGACCAUGUAGCUUAAGUAUCAUGCCACAAUCUGGCACUUCAUUUCUUGGUGGCCCUGUUGUCAAGAAUCUGGACUUUCUGCCCCAAAACAAUUUUGGUCCCACAUUUGGUGGUCCUGUUGUCAUGAAUCCGAAAGCCAUAGGAGAUCCUAAAAUAUGCCAGCCUUCACUUCCUCAUUUAGCACACCAGGGUGCAACCUUCGUAUCCCCAAUUAACCAUUCCAGAGCAGCAGGACCAAAGGAUUCAGAAGAUUUUAGUUCGUUUUCUACAUCCGGGGCUCCCUGUGCAGCUUCAUUUUCGGCAAGUAGCAAUUUCAGCAACUUUGCAGCAACGCGAGAUCCUCGAUACUUUACCAUGUUUCAGAGCUGCCCUUUCCCACUCCCACCUGGCUACCAUGCCCAUCUAAGCCAGCAACAGCAAUUGCCACCUCCUCCCUUGCCUUCCAAUUCUUCUCAAUCCUUUCAAUUACAGUCUCAGUCUUUUCAACAAUCCCAAAACUCGGCUGCUUCAAUUGGGUCUUCAUCCCUCAUAAAGCACCUCAAAUUGCCUCCCUGCUUCCCUCCAUCGAAGCCUUUAUCAGGGGCUUGCCAUAAUGAAACUGAAGAUGAAGCUGACAGUAAUGUUUCUCUUUCUCAGAAGAAGCUCCAACUUGUUACUCCCACUGCAAACAUAGUAGGGAAACAACAUGAUCUAGGUGAUUCCCAGAUGAGCUUAAAAACUGUAAAGGUAGAUAGGCCAUUUGAGCCAAGGCAAGAGAUUGGAAGUCAUCACCAUGACCAGCUAAGAAAGUUGCAAAAGCAGCCAACAUAUCCAUUGAAAGCUCAUAACAGCAUUAAGUCAUCAAUGCCUAACAAAGUCCAGAAACAGUCUGCACCUUGCAUGAUAUCCCCUAACUCAGCUCUUUCCGCAUUUGUUUCAACUGAAGCAUCAAUGGCUUGCAAUGACUGCAAUGCACUUACCUACUACAACUCUAGUGGCUCUGUAGCUCUCCACAAUACAAAACAUGUACAAUGUAAGAUGCCACUUUCUCAAAAGAUGCCAAAUCCUGAAACUUCAUUAGUGGAUGUUUCUAGAAGGAAGGUCAGACCAAUGCCACCUGUAUCAACACAUCCUGUUCAAGCUCAGAGCUCAGCAAAGGCCAAGCGGCCAUUAAUUCCAAAAUCAGAUCCUGGCAACCACAAUUCAGCAGUGCAUGUGAUGUUUGCUGGUAGUUCGAAAACAAGAAAGCAUAUCACCAAUCAGUAGUCUCAGUCAAGUUCAUCAACAGGGCUUACUAUGCCUGGUGCUGUUUCUCACCUUCCAAGCACUGCCAAGCUUCCUUCAUUUGGUUCUUUGAGUAAUAACCCUGUUGCUGCAGCAGCAUAUGCACAGGCAACUGCCGCUCUACCUGAGCAGAAACCAACAAAAGUUUGAGAAAGAUGACCAUGAGCUUUUGCUGAUAGUAGGUCGAGAUAUGUCGUGCCCAAGAAAAGCAGAAGAUGUCUGGAAAGGAUCAAAGAUUUAUACUCCUAGUAUGAGGCCACAGUCCUCAGGCUCAUAUGGGUUCUUAAGUUUAUCGGAUGCAGUCUAUGUCCCAUGUAGAUUAAUCUGUACAAAUUUUGUAAAAAAGAAAUUUGGUGUCUAAGUGAUGGGUAGCUUCAUGGCUGUAUUAAGCGCGCCCUUUCCUCCCCAGUUUCUUCUGUAAUGGAUCCUUAAGUCAUUUAAUACUACAUGAUGGUUGCCCUGUUGCCUACAGGUGAUUGAUCUGUGA